AUGUUGCAAACUAGAAGCAGAAGGAAUGCUGAUAACCAAUUCAAAAUGAUGUCGAACAUUGAAGAAUCUGAAGAUGAAAAGAAAUUGGAGACUACGGAGCCGGCCCCUCUUAUUCUUAGUGAGGUUGAAUCAGACGAUGAUAGUUUAUCGAUAAAUUCCGAUCAUGAUUCAUUCCCUGAUUGGCAAAAAUUGGUAUAUGAACGACUUGGAGCGCGAGACCAAACCACAAUGAAGGCGAUAAUCAUUAAUUUUGAGAAGACUGGAAUUGUAGACUUGUCUAAUAUUGAUUCUAAUUUUUUAGAAAGUUUCAGAACCGCAUUUCUUUCAGCUCAGGUGUAUUUGCAACAGAAGGGAUGUAUCGAUAAGAGCAAUGUCAAGGAACAUUUUGGGAUCACCAACAUAGUGCGAAUACUUUCAGGUCGAACUCUUUAUGAGGAACCGAUUUGUAGUAUUGAGCUACUCGAUCAGUUAAAGCAACCAAGUACACCUCAUCAUUCCUAUAAUUUAUCGCAGGCUAUACAGAAGCCUCCGUACGAAUCUCAGAUUCCGUUGGCAGAGAGGAUUACUCUGUCUGGCCUUGAAGAUUGUGGAUCGGGGGGAGAUUCGACAGAGCAUGAUUCAAAUAAUACGAGGGAAGGACUUCCAUUCUUGGUGGAUGACUUUGAAGUUCCGUAUUCUGAACUGCAAAGCCCUGUGAAGAGACGUAACAACACGGACAAUGAAAAAGAAGAUAGUUCUAAUAUAAAGCGCCCCAGAGUUGCAUGA